CCGACGAAUGCAAAGAAAAGAAUGUUAUUAAUUAGUACUGAUUGUUAUGAUACUGUUAAAACAUAACGCGAGUGACUAAAGUUACUGCCACACGGGGUUUGGCAAACAUUUUUUUCUUGAAAUAGCCUUGUUUUCUCCUUUUGCCGUGUGGCAUACACCGCAAACCGUUUGGGAAACUGUUUUUCCUCGUGUUCGCUAUAUAAGAACUUCCUCUAUUUUUGGAGAGCGGUUUUACAAAAUGGCCACCAAAGCCACAGGCCCGCUAGGAAAUUUAACUGAGGGAAGUACCUAUUAUUUAAUUGAACUAUUUGAAAGCCACAAGGAAUUGUGGGAUUUCAGGAUACCACAAUAUCGCAACAAACAAUUGAAAAAUAGUCUUUGGCUUUCCAUGCAGAUUUCUUUCUCGUCAACGACAGGAAUCGACUGCACAGUUGGCCAUAUCCAAGCAAAGAUAGCUAGCCUCAGAAACACAUUUUCAAGGGAAAUACGUAAAAUAAAUAAAGCCAAAAUGAUUGGGGGUGGCGCACGUGAUGUCUUCUCUUCAUGGCCCUUUUUUCAGCAUUUGAAAUUCCUGUUGCCAGCAUCUUCAAACUUGGAAACACAUGUGAUGAAUCACCAACAGCAAAGCGAAGAAGAUCAUCUCUACCAGUGCCAGUCAGAAGAGGAAUUCACCGAAAUUUAUCCGGAAGGGGCUAAAGAGGAUGACCCAGUACUUUCACUCACUUCAAGCCCUUGCGAGUUAAGAAGUGACUACCCAGGUGCAGGCAAAAGGCCAGAAAAAAGACCACAAAAAGAUCAGAAGGAUGAGCUGGUUGAGUGUAUCAUAGAUUAUUGCAGAAAUAAAAAGAGACCAAAAGAGGACCCUGAAUUUAUUUGGGCCAAAAAUCUCAUUCAAAGAAUUUCAGAGUUACCAGAUAUUAAGCAAAGAAAGCUUAUAAAACUAGAUAUUGAUGACCUGGUGUCAAAGGCUUUAAGACAGAACCUAGUAAAGGACCACUAGGACCUCUAUACUUGAAAGAAUUAAUUUCUGUUUUUUUAUGUGCCUAUGCGUCCAUGACCUCGACUGAAAUAAAGACAUUUUAUGCUGUUUGUAA